AAGGAAGAGAAUGAAAUUGAAGAAAUAGAAGUUAAAGAAAAGGAAGAGAAUGAAAUUGAAAAAAUAGAAGUUAAAGAAAAGGAAGAAAAAGUUAAAGAAAAGGAAGAGGGAGUAGCUGAAGAAAGGAAAGAGGAAGAAGAUAAAGAAGAGGAAGAGGCUAAAGAGAAAGUUGUUACAGAAAAGGAAGAGGAAGAAGUUGAAGAAAAGAAAAAGGAAAGAAAAGUGGCACACAUUUUGUACAAAGAGGAUGAUGACAAUGAAGAAGAUGCAAAGCACUGGAAGAAAAGUUUAGAGCACAAUGAGAAAGGUACGGCACCUGUCUGGGUAACUCCAGAAAAACCUACAGAAGUCUGUGCUGUUUUUGCUGAGGAGAAAGAUUCUGAUGAUGUGCCGGACAUGAUACCCAGUGUAGUUUCUAUGUUUGAGUCUAUGAAGACUCAGUUUAACAUCCCUUUAAAUGACCAGGAGCCUAGAUCUGACUUUGUGGAGAAAACAGCCAGGCUGCAACAAGACUCAGAUCUAGACAAGUAUUUGAAGUUCUCCUUGGAACAACUGAUGGAGACAAGGGAAUACCAGUCGAUGCUAAACUUCAGAAAAACACUACCCAGUUAUAAAAUGAAAGAUGAAAUUGUAAAGAGUAUUCAAGACAAUCAAGUUGUGGUGAUUAGUGGGGAAACUGGCUGUGGAAAAAGUACUCAGGUCCCUCAGUUUAUCCUGGACGACUACAUCACUAGAGAGAAAGGAAGUAUGUGCCGCAUUAUCUGUACACAGCCGCGGAGGAUUAGUGCCAUUGCAGUUGCAGAGCGUGUGGCAGCUGAAAGAUGUGAGUACAUAGAUGUGCCCUGUAUUGCCAGCGUGGGAUACCAGAUUAGGCUUGAAAAGAAGCCACCAAGACGUCAGGGGUCAAUUUUAUUUUGUACUACAGGAGUUGUUUUGAAAAUACUGGAACAUGAUCCAUGCCUUACGAGGGCCACGCAUAUAAUCAUUGAUGAGAUUCACGAGCGUGAUCUUCAGUCUGACUUCUUGAUGAUCAUCCUGAAAGAUCUGCUACCUCGCCGGAAGGACCUUAGGAUUAUCCUGAUGAGUGCCACUCUCAAUGCAGAGUUGUUCUCUGCCUAUUUCAAUAACUGCCCCAAUCUACACAUACCUGGCUUCACAUUUCCUGUACAGCAAUAUCUUCUGGAAGAUAUCAUUCAGUUGACAAACUACACACCAGAGCUGAGGAGAAAUUUUUCAAACAACCACAGACUGCCCUUGAAUGAAUUACAGGAGCUGGCCAGUUAUCAGACUUGGUGUAGAAGCCUGUUUCCAAGGUACAGUCUAAGGACUAUUGAAGUUUUAAGAAGUUUUGACUUCACUAACAUAGACUUUCAUCUGGUGGUAAACAUCAUCAGUUUUAUCUUCUUUCAUAUGAGGGAAGGAGCCAUCCUCAUCUUUGUCCCAGGUUGGGAGGACAUUAAGAAUCUUCACUCUCUCAUAGAACGCACACUUGGAAUUAGUUCUAGAUUUUUCAAAAUUAUCCCCCUUCAUUCUCAAAUGCCAACUGCAAAUCAGAGAGAUGUUUUUGAGAAGCCACCACCUGGAGUUCGUAAAAUUAUUAUAGCUACAAAUAUUGCAGAGACCAGCAUAACCAUUGAUGAUGUCCUUUAUGUCAUUGACUGCGGCAAAGUCAAAGUGAAAAACUUCCACCCUCAAAUGAACCUUCCAUCUCUUGAAAUCCAGUGGGUCUCCAAAGCUAAUGCCAAACAACGACGCGGCAGAGCGGGCAGAGUCCAGGCUGGACACUGCUUCCACUUGUACACUGCUUUUCAUUAUAUGUCUGCCCCAGAUUAUCUUCCUCCUGAAAUGUUGCGCACCAGGCUGGAGGAGUUGUGCUUGCAAAUAAAGCUGCUGAAACUUGGUAAGAUCUUACCUUUCAUCAGUAAAGCCAUGGAACAUCCUUCAGUAGCAGCAAUCUCACAUGCCAUUGAAUCCUUAGUCAAACUGAGUGCCCUUGAUGCAGAGGAAAAUCUUUUGCCACUUGGCUACCACCUGGCUCGCCUGCCAAUGGAGCCCCACACGGGCAAGAUGAUCUUGUUUGGCGCAAUGUUCUGCUGCCUGGAUCCUAUCUUGACAGUAGCUGCUAGCCUAAGCUUUAAAGAUGCCUUCACAAUACCUCUGGGCAAAGAAGAGGCAGCCAAUAAAGUGAAGACAAAACUGGCAGGUUCCAGUCGAAGUGAUCACAUUAUGUUGAUAAAUGCUUUCAAAGGCUGGGAAAAAAGUAAGAAGAAAGGUUGUGCCAGAACUUAUUGUUGGCAACAUUUCUUAUCAGAGAAUACUUUGCAGCUACUACAUGACAUGAAGAAGCAGUUGGCUCACCUUUUGUAUGAUAUUGGCUUCCUGGCUUCUCCUGAUGUGAAGCAUCAAUCUAACAAUAAGAAUAGCGAAAAUCUCGGCUUGAUCAAAGCAGUCUUGUGUGCUGGGUUCUAUCCUAAUGUGGCCCAAAUUGUUGAAGUGGCUAAUGAUUAUAGACUUCUAUACAAUAUCAAAAUGAUGGUGAAAGAUCGAUCACUAGUGAUGCCUCACCCCAAAUCAGUGAACUCAAGAAAAACUUACUUUGACAGUGUCUGGAUGGUGUACCACUGUAAACUCAAAACAAAAAAAGUCUACAUCCAUGAUUGCACGAUGGUCUCCCCUUACCCUCUGCUCUUCUUUGGUGGAGAUAUCAAAAUUAUUAAAAAUGAUGGACAAGAAAUGAUUUCUGUGGAUGAUUGGAUUCAAUUCAGAGCUUCAGCAUCCGUUGCACAGCUUGUGAAGGACUUGAGACAUCAAUUAGAUAAACUUCUCAAAGUAAAGAUCAGUCAUCCAGGACCAACGAUUUGGGACAAUUCGAAGCCUGAAUGUGCCAUAAUGACUGCCAUCCUUGACCUCAUUGCGUGUGAAGAAAAAGGUUAUCAAAUGUUCGGCCACAAGCUGGGAGGAAGUAUUGGAACGAAACCCUGUAUCUGUUUGGAGGAUGAUGGUCAUCAGCAUUAAGCUGAUCCGUUCUUUCAUAUCAUCAAGAUGGACUGAAUGCAAAAAGAAAAUGUUCUGCCUUAUAGCACUUUUCUACAGUGUCAUGGUUUAGAUAUAUGUCACUUUUCUACAGUGUCAUGGUUUAGAUAUAUGGCACUUUUCUACUGUGUCAUGGUUUAGAUAUAUGGCACUUUUCUACUGUGUCAUGGUUUAGAUAUAUGGCACUUUUCUACAGUGUCAUGGUUUAGAUAUAUGGCACUUUUCUACAGUGUCAUGGAUUAGAUAUAUGGCACUUUUCUACAGUGUCAUGCAUUAGAUAUAUGGCACUUUUCUACAGUGUCAUGGUUUAGAUAUAUGGCACUUUUCUACUGUGUCAUGGAUUAGAUAUAUGGCACUUUUCUACAGUGUCAUGGAUUAGAUAUAUGGCACUUUUCUACAGUGUCAUGCAUUAGAUAUAUGGCACUUUUCUACAGUGUCAUGGAUUAGAUAUGGGCACUUUUGUACAGUGUCAUGGAUUAGAUAUAUGGCACUUUUACAGUGUCAUAGAUUAGAUAUAUCAUAGUGUCUACAAAUAUUCUUUCAUCUUAAAGGAUUGAAGAUGAUGUCAAAGCAUUUCUAUUUUAUACCCUUUUUCUAUGUUAAACCAAAGCAUAUAUUUCAUUUCUUAACCCCACUAGGCCUUAGCCCCUGAAACAGACUGUCCACAAUGUCAUGUAUGUAUAUUACAAUUUAUGUAUAAAACAAUUUUUAGAAAAUUUUCAUGUCAAACCAUAUCAAUUCAAUGUAAACAGUUAUUUGCAAAGCUAAA